AUGGUGCAGGAGUUCUCCUCCGCUUCCAGCACCACCACUGUUGGCACCAUCACCUCCCGGGUGACCAGGAAUGGGGAUGCCGUCAUGGAGAAGGACUUACUCAAUCACGAGGACUUGGCAGGAGACCGGGGCAUGGUAGAUGAUCUCUUUGAUGAGACCUACCGGGAGAAGGAGGGCCCCAAGCCCCCCUUGAGAUACGUCUGGAGGAAUAUCAUCCUCAUGAGCCUGCUGCAUCUAGGGGCCAUAGUCGGGUUGGUGCUGAUACCUUCUGCAAAGAUCCAGACGUUGGCAUGGGCUGUUCUGUGUUUCCUGGUGAGUGCUCUGGGAAUAACAGCUGGAUCUCACCGCCUCUGGAGCCAUCGGUCCUACAAAGCCACGCUGCCCCUGCGGAUCUUCUUGACUAUUGCAAACUCCGUGGCCUUCCAGAAUGACAUCUACGAGUGGGUCCGGGACCACCGUGUCCAUCACAAGUUCUCCGAGACAGAUGCAGACCCUCACAAUGCCAUGCGGGGCUUCUUCUUCUCCCACAUUGGCUGGCUGCUGGUGCGCAAGCACCCGGACGUCAUAGAGAAGGGCCAGAAGCUGGACCUGAGCGACAUAAAGGCUGACAAAGUGGUGAUGUUCCAGCGGAGAUACUACAAGCCCUCGGUGGUGUUGCUGUGCUUCACGCUGCCCACUUUAGUGCCGUGGUACUUCUGGGACGAAUCCAUCGUCAUCAGCUUCUUCAUUCCAACCAUCCUGCGCUACGCCGUAGGGCUCAAUGCCACUUGGCUAGUGAACAGUGCUGCUCACAUGUUUGGCAACCGGCCGUAUGAUCAGCACAUCAACCCACGGGAGAACCCCCUGGUCAGCCUGGGGGCCCUAGGAGAAGGCUUCCACAACUACCACCACACUUUCCCCUAUGACUACUCCACCAGUGAGUUUGGCUGGCGCUUCAACUUAACCACAGCCUUCAUCGACCUCAUGUGCCUCCUGGGGCUGGCCAGCGAUCGCAAGAAGGUCUCCAAGGAGGUCAUCCUGGCUCGGAAAAUGCGGACUGGAGAUGGGAGUCACAAGAGUGGCUGAGUUCUUGCUCCCCUUUGCACACACAUCCACACCUCUCCUUCCUCCUUUUUUCUCCCUUUCUCCCUUCCUGACCCCUCUGAACACGCUGGACAAAGGUUUAAUGUUCUGUUUACUAACUACUGAAUAAUGAUACCAGUUUGCUUAAGAUAAUGAUAAUGAGUUUUAACCCCCCUCCCACACUGUAUUUUACGUGAUGUAUUUAAGAUCUAGGACUCUGCCUUUAUAACGCAAGGCCACCCCUUUCCCUCCUCUCCUUUUCCUUUCCGUCCUUUCUCUCUAGCCCCUCUGCCCCAUCUCCCGCUUUACAUCGUCCCGGUCUCUCCCUGGCAGAGGAGCUGGUAGGAAGCAGCCUGGGGAGGCCCAUUUGCAGCCGGCUACAUACCAUGGAGUUAAGGGAAGCCUGUACCAGCCAGCUGAAGAGUUGAGCCAAAGUCGGUGACCCUCUCCCCACCACCUUCCCCCCAAAACUCCUCUGUCCCUCCUCCUUUCUCAAGGGCUGCUGGCACACAUGGCAUGGCUAAACUGCUCUCCCUGGAAAUAGCAGCCCUGUCCCCUUCCCCUUGCCAUCAGAGAGUUGUCUCUUGGGAAGCGUUCUCCCCUCCUCCCCAUGGCACAGCCUCUCAGGCUGAGACGGGGAGAGGAGAGGAGAGGAGAGGAGAGCCUCCAGACUCUCUCAGAGCUCCAGCCAGGUCCACUGAUGGCCGGUGGCCUUAUUGCCUCCUCUGUCUGGCAUCCCAGCUCCGCUCCCUGCAUUGCCCACUGUGUCCCCUGCCACCAGGGACUGAAGGCAGAGCCUGGCUCCAGGCUUCAAAGCCCCUUUGGAGAGCCACAGAGAGGAGAGGACAGAUGGAGGGGUGUGCUGCUGGCUGCCAUGGGGUGGCCCCGGCCUUGGGUGGUUUUGUUCACCACUGCUGCCGAGAUUUUUGCCGGCAAACGGGACUUCGCCAAAAUGGAGAGGGGGAGAAGGAUGUAAACCAAAGCUCCACUGCUGAGUUAAGCUGCUUUAUGUUCUGGAGGAACAGGGUCCCUGCUGGGUGGCAGGUGGACGUCCUGGUGUCCCUACCUGCCCUGCGCAUCCACAUCCUGUGCUGAAGGCAGGGACGGAGCGAGGGAGGGGUGAGGGUGUCUGCAGGAGCAGGCAUCCCCAUCCUCAUGGGCUCGGUCGAUUAACAAGUGCCUGAGAAACACCAACGCGGGGCCAGGCAGCACAGGGGCCUUGAGGGAGCCGAGACCUCUGAGACGAGACGCUGCCGCCAGCGUGGGCCGCCAACGGGCUUCCCUGCCCAGGGUCCACCGGGGUGGUUUGCAGUUCCCUGCCCCUCUGAGGGGCUGGGAGGCACUCCUGUGGGAGCAGGAAGGGGAGGUGAAAGCAGCUCCUUGUCAGUCCCUUAGCUUGCCUCCCAGCCCCUUUAGCAAGCCGUCUUGCCCCCUUGCUCCUUCGCCGGUACAGCCGGCAGCGAGGGCGGCUGAGCCUGCAGAAAGGUCAGUUCUGUCCCGGAGCCACUGUGGGCACACAGCUGGAGGGUGCGCGGGAGGAAAACAGUCCUCGUGGGUGUUGUUUCCUGCAAGUUGCAGAGACCACAGCUUGAGUUCAGGCGGUGGGUUAGGUUCUGGGCGUCGUGGCCCCGAGCCCCUCACUGGGCUGAACGUGCUUUUUUUCCCCUUUAACUCUCCCCAUUUUUAUUAAUUUUUAUUAUUAUCAUUAGUUGUAGCAAUAGUAUUGGUUUUGUUGCAUCAAAUGGAGCUGGAGGAAAGCACAAGAGGUGGCCGGAACGAGGUGAUGUUGGAGCGGGGCUUGCAGCAUCUCCCUUAUUCAGGCAGGCCAGGUUGGGCAGAGACGGAGCGGAUGCCAACUUCCUCGCCUCAGCUCUGCCGGCAGCAGCCAGGCAGGCUUCACGGGAGCGAGUCUCUGCAGCUUUGCUUGCUCCUGCUGCUGCAAAACCCACCAGGAGCCACGGCAGCUCUGUGAUGCUCUCCUUCACAAGAGAACGCUUGUUACUCAGAAAAGAAUUCCUCCUCCUCUCCUUUGCCUCCCUGCCACUGCCACAGCCUUGUUAUUGCUCAGCAAUGGCACCCUUCGAGGUUCGGAGCCAUCAGGAGCGAUGUGGUCUCCCGACAAGAGGUGCAACAGGGAGGAAUGAAGCAGGGAGCUCUUCAGCUCAUGGUGU